AAUAACAAGAAAUGCCGCCAGUAUCCCAACUACGCUAAUUACCAAAACUUGAUAAAUUGCCUUCGGUAUUUUUUACUCUGCCGUGACCGUCCCCGGCCCUAACCAUGGCUAUGGCGGCUGCUGCCUGUACUUGCUCCUAUGCGUCUCAAUUGCUUCCCCGCUCCAAGUUUUCCACAUUUGCGUUCCCUUCUUCUUCUGUUUCAUGUACCGCUCACAGUGUUAUUCAAAUCCCUCGUUUACGCACAAUACACAGAAACCCCUCAACUCGCUUAGCGGCGGCGAAGAAAGAUCUCAACGCCGUUCCCCAGGAGCAAGGGAAAAAGCAGAAGAAGGAACAAGUGGUGGAGGAGGAGGAAGACUUGCCUUGGAUUCAGGAUAAGGCCUUGGACCUCGUGGAGUUCACCGGCUCCGUCGCUCAGGCCAUUCCCGGGCCUAGAGUUGGCUCCAGCUCCUUGCCCUGGAUUCUCGCUCUUCCUUUGGUAUAUGCCGGCCUGACUUUCGUCAUCGCCUUUGUCAAGACCGUCCGAAAGUUCACUUCCCCAAGAGAAAAGCGCAGGCGAUUGGUCAAUAAAAAUGUGAUGCUUUGCAAAUCAAUUGAUGAGGUAUUUCUGGAGGAAAGAGAUAACGAAACACUUGAUGAUGCUCUCAAGAGACUUGAGAGAAAGACUGGUUUCGGCAUGGAGGAAAUCUUGCGCAAGUACAUUCGGUAUGCUUUGAAUGAGAAGCCCUUCAACCCCGACUUGAUUUCCAAUUUAAUUGAGCUUAGGAAAGCUUCUAUGUUGGAUGAUUCCCAAGUGACUGAGAUUUUAAACGAAAUUUCAAGACGCAUUGUGCGAGAUAAAGGCCCUGUUGUCUUGGACAUGUCAGGUUAUUCUGAAAAGGGUUUCAAGAGAAAACUAGCUGUCCAGGCCCUCUUUGGAAAGGUUUUCUAUCUGUCUGAGCUGCCAGACUUCUGUUCGAGAGACAGCUCCUUGGUUGUCAAGGAAAUUUUUGGAGUUACAGAUGAAGAUGCAGACAAGCUUAGGAUACACACCCUCUCUAAAGCUGGGGAUAUGGAUUCCCUUGAGAAGAUGGUUGAUGGUUCAGAUUCAGAAGAUUCUAGUGGGCGAUCAUCUUAUGCUGCUUGAUUCGCAUGCGAAAUAUUUCAGAUGUUGUUUGGGACUACGAGGGCCUUAUUAGAAAGUUCGUUACUUGUUUCAACUAUCUUUGGCAUUUUCGAGGUCGUGAGUGCAUCGGUUCAGAUUCUGUCGCAGGUCAUUUUUAAGCGAUGUAUGAAUUUAUUUGGCUAGGAAUAAUCCAGCACAUGGAAAUCA